AUGGAACGACAUGCCAUUCAACCGUCCGAGGUGUUGACUGAAGAUGGCGGAUCGUAUCCCGGCAAGCUUAUACAACGAGUAGGAGGAGUGGGAAGAAAUCACGCGGAUGCUUUAGCACGGCUUGGCUGCGAUUCGGUGCUCGUUUCUGCGGUUGGUAACGAUUCGAACGCGGAAUUUGUUCGCAAUUCUUGCAAACACAUUAAUUUGUGCGGUCUAAAGACGUAUUCCAACGCGCCAACUUGCACAUAUCUUUCAAUAAAUGUUGGCGGGAAUAUAAAAUACGGAAUUUCGACAAUUGAACCUUUAUUGCACUUGGUUACCCCGUCACUGGUGACUGAAAACAAAGAACAUAUUGAAAAUGCUGAAUAUGUUGUGUUAGAUGCCAACCUUCCGUUGCCAGUUAUGAAAGAAACAAUCAAUAUUGCAGAAAAAUGCGGAAAGCCUGUGUGGUUUGAGCCUACAGACAUCAAAAAGGUGCGAGCAAUCUUUGAUUGUGGUGGGAUUGACAAAAUUGCUGCAGUUUCUCCAAAUGCAAAUGAGUUUUUGGAAUGGCUGAAGCUUUGCAAGAUCGAAAACAUUGACGGAGACGUUGUUAAGUCACCACGUAGAAUAUUGGAACUGAUCGAAAAAGAAAAAGAGAAGGUGAUGAAGAACGUGUCAAUAAUGGUAGUGUCGCUGGCGCAAAAUGGAACUGCUGUGAUUCACAGGGACAAAUUUGGCUUGCUUACUUUUAAAUCGAUUGAUGCGCCCGUGUCACCAAAAGAAGUAGUGUCGGUCUCAGGAGCCGGCGAUAGUUUCAACAGCGGAUUACUCGCCGGACUUCUUUAUGGCAAAUCUCUCGACGACAGUAUCAAUGUCGGGCAGCGUUGCGCGUCGGCCACACUACAAUCAGUUCUAGCAGUUGCUGAAAGUCUUAGUCCCGAGUUUGUUGAAUAA